AGCAGAUUUCAGUAGCACACCCCGGAAGUAGCCUAAGUCAACAGGAAGAACAAAGAAGGGAAAGUCCCCGUUUAAAGCCCGUCUUAAUCUACCCACUCUGCCCACGUCGCCCAAUUCGUCAUCCUCAAUUUGUUGACGGGCAACAACUACUUGAUCAUCACUAAUCGUGCUUGUUAGCACGGCACGUCACAACAUGGCCAACAAUGCGCAAGACGUGGAAAACAACGUGGACCAAUUGGGGGCCAACGGUGGCACUGAACAGCAUCAAGGAGACAGCGGGACCACCAGGCCUCGGUCCAGGGGGGGUUCUGGAGGAGGAGGGGGUCCUGAGCAGAACGGCCAGGCCCCCUCCGCCGGGCCCCCCCGCAUGGUGGAGGCAGACGAGGAGGAUGAUGAGGAGCUGACGCUGAAGUACGGCGCCAAGCACGUCAUUAUGCUCUUCGUCCCUGUGACUCUGUGCAUGGUGGUCGUGGUGGCGACUAUCAAGUCGGUCAGCUUCUACACACAGAAAGACGGCCAGAGACUGAUCUACACGCCGUUCCCAGAGGAUACAGACACGGUGGGAGAACGGGCGCUGAACUCCAUCCUCAACGCCACCAUAAUGAUAUCCGUCAUCAUCGUCAUGACGCUGGUGCUAGUGCUGCUCUACAAAUACCGUUGCUACAGGGUAAUCCAAGGCUGGCUCUUCAUAUCCUCUCUGCUCCUGCUCUUCUUCUUCUCCUACAUCUACCUCAAGGAGGUGUUCAAAACCUACAAUGUAGCCAUGGACUACCUGACGCUGGCGGUCAUUGUGUGGAACUUCGGCGUGGUGGGCAUGAUGUGCAUCCACUGGAAAGGGCCACUGCGCCUCCAACAAGCCUACCUCAUUAUGAUCAGCGCUCUAAUGGCACUGGUUUUCAUCAAGUAUCUUCCCGAGUGGACUGCCUGGCUCAUACUUGCCGUCAUAUCCGUAUACGAUCUAUUGGCGGUGCUGUGUCCAAAAGGCCCUCUGAGGAUCUUGGUGGAGACCGCUCAGGAGCGGAACGAGCCUAUUUUUCCUGCUCUUAUCUACUCAUCAACCAUGGUGUGGCUCGUCAAUAUGGCCGACACGGACCCGGGGCCCAAGAGGAGCGCCCCCGACGCGACGACGUCACAGCCCGAGCCUCAAGAAGUUGAGCCCUCUAGUCCAGCCGAUGACUGCGGCUUCACGCCGUCCUGGAUCAGCCAGCAAGAGCACCGACUGGGGCCAAUGCAGUCCACUGAAGACACACGGCGGGAGAUCCAGCAGAUGCCCUCUGACCGGCCGCCCGUCGAGGAUGACGACGAAGAGCGGGGUGUAAAGCUGGGCCUGGGCGACUUCAUCUUCUACAGCAUGCUGGUGGGAAAAGCCUCGGCAGCCGCCAGCGGCGACUGGAACACCACGCUAGCCUGCUUCGUCGCCAUCCUCAUUGGCUUGUGUCUGACGCUGCUGCUGCUGGCCAUCUUCAAGAAGGCGCUCCCCGCACUGCCCAUCUCCAUUUUCUUCGGUCUGGUCUUCUACUUCGCCACUGACAACCUGGUGCGCCCCUUCAUGGACGAGCUGGCGCUACACCAAUUCUACAUUUAGCAGGAACACUUUAUUUCCCCACCGUGAAGAACUUCCUCGUAACACGACGGGAUGACUCGUUUUUUUACGACGGAGAAGAGAGAGGGAGUUCCUUGCCGUUUUUUUUUUUUUGUUUGUUUUUUUUUUGGUUUUUUUUGUGUUUUUUGUUUUUUUUUUACUUUUUAAAUCCAACUACUGUCUCAGGCUCCUCUUGACACUCCCAGCAAGAAUGUUUUUCCACAUUUUUAAUUUAUGCCGAGAUGGAGCCUUCCUGGUUUUUCUACUACCGGGGCAGCAGGUGCCUUGCUCAGGGACACCAGACAGUCAUUUCCGACUGCCAAGCUGUCCGCUCUACUCUCGUCCAAAAACAACAGGAUCUUCAAAAGAAGAGUCCAAAUCCCAUUGCCCCUUACACACUGGCUGUAAAAACUGGCAUUUUUAGGCUCCUCUUUCACUGUCUAACUGUAUAAAAUGACAUGGUUAAAAUCAACACAGCUUCGGAAGUAGCGACAGGUGUAAGGGUAUUCUCUAUUUGCGUUUUUCCACUGUCCGACAACUACGUUAAAUGCUGGUGAAGUUGCCUGCACGCAAGGGUAUCGGGGUGUGAAGUUUGUCGCCGUCAGAUUUCCGUGUUUUUCUCUACAGACAGAAUGAAGGCUGAGUAGUCAAAAUGUCUGCUCUUUGUAAAAAAAAAAAAAUAUCCCGCAUUUUCUACAUGAAUUUCAAGUGAAAAGACAGGUGGCACCGAGAUUUUUGUCGCAGCUUGUAUCAAAAGCUGCAGGGUAGUGAAAGCCACAGUGGUGUGAAAUUCAUCACCUGUUCCAGACCUUUUGUUCUAAUGGGGCAUUUUGGGGGGGAUCUGUACACAAAAAUAAACGUGACAAGGCCACCCUCAUGAAACGCAUCCAGACGGAGCGAAAGAUUGCAUAAGAUUUCAACUGUUUCAAGUCGAAUAAUAAUAACUAGUAAAUGAGUACGACAACUUGUCAUUUCGCAUACGAUUAUUUUUUUCGGGGGGUUGGCGGUUUGUUUGUCUGACUUUGCUUGAUUAUGUGUCCAAUAACAUUCAUCGCAUCUUUUUGCAAGUUCUAAUGUGUUCGAUUUGUUUUUUUUAAAAUAAACUGUCAAAGAAAUGGAUGGCGCUUUUUCUCCUUCCAAAUCAAUGAGAUCCUCUGAAAGCGAAUAAUGAAAAUUUCCCAAAAGUUUGAAAGCAUUUCUAUUUUUAGGGCUGUUUUAGGGCCACAUUGUAGAUUUAGUUUCCUUUGGAGGCGCAUUUUGUCUGUCAACAAGGGCUGCUACAAUGAAUCGACUAAUUGUCAACUAAUCAAUAUCAAAUGGGCCGACAACUCUUUUGAUAGUUGAUGAAUUGUCUGGAGACUUUGUUGACCUACAUAUUGUUCAAAUCAUAUUUCUUGAGCCUCUUUAUUGCAAAUAUUCUUUUGUUUUUAUUUUUCAAUUUACUGUAAAGAAAUGGGGUGUGUGAGAAUGCUAAAUA